UCUGUGAUCGUCGCUGCAGCUCCGCGUUGUCUGCAUCGCUUACUUACUGAUUUUCCACGUUGCCUUGCCGUUGUAAUUUCGUUAAUCCACUGGCAGGAUGAACGGCAUCGUCAGAAGCGCGUUACGCGCCUCAACUCUUCGUGGUGUAUUGUCGUCGUCGUCAAACGGCAGUAAUCAACCCGCCCGAGCAUUGUGGAACAUGUGCAUUCGCCGGCAAGGCGCCGAAGUUGCGCCUCUUGCCUCUUCACUCAAGUUCCAUGAUAUCCGUAGCCGUAGAUGUUAUAGCAAAUCACAUACCAAAGCGGAGAAAGAAUUAGUGGAAUUUUUGGCAGAGGAAAUAGUUGCGGAAAAGAAAGCACAGAAGUUAAAGACGAUACCAACAACUUUAGAUGGUUUCACAGUUUCCUUAGAUGGUGCAGAAGUUAAUCUAGAAAAGAAAGAUGGCACUGACAUAAUCCACAUUUCUUUCAAUGUAAACCACACAGUAGACGCAGAUACAGAGGCUGAUGUGGAUCCUCGUCAAGAUGAUGUAGAGAUAGGCGAAAUGAAAAGCAAGCCAAACUUCACAAUAGAUAUAAUUAGGGGAAAUCAAACUUUGGGCUUCACGUGUUCCUUUAACAACCAACCUGGUGCAUCUGGCGCCGAUGAUAAUUACAAUGAUAUAUUUGGUAUUGAUGAAAUCACGCUGUAUGAUGGAGGACACAGUGAAAAGGUGUAUUCCGUGGCGGGUGAGAUUCUCGAUGGUUAUUUGUAUGACCUGCUGAUGAAUUACCUCGAAGAAAAAGGUAUUUCAAAUGAGUUUGCGGAAAAACUGAUCGACUUAAGCACAUGUUACGAACACACAGCGUACGUCAGUUUGCUAGAAGGCUUGUCAAAGUUCACAUCUGGAAAGUAAUUCUAAGAAUUAAUGUUAGGACUUGCGAUUCACAUCAUAGUUAUACGCCUAAGAAAAUUGUUAAUAAACAUAUAUACUAAUGUUUGUUUCUCGAUUAUUUUUCCAGCUAUUCAAUAGCAAAAUAGAAAUACAAUAAAAUCAUUGUAACUUGAAAAGAAAAUAUAACUUCUUGUUAGAA